CAAUAUAUAGCGUAGCGUACUACUACACAGCUCACCGUUAGAACGAAACCAACUAUAACCAGAAAAGCCCUUCGUCUCUCUCUCUCACUCACUCUUUCUCUCGGGGUUUAACUAAACGAAUCAAAGCAAAAUGGCGUCAGCAGCACAGCCACCGUCUCUUCCACUGCCACUACAGUCGUCGAAUGUUGCAGGAGGAGGGUGGAAUUCUCUUCAACGAGCUUCACUGUACGUGGGUGAUUUAGACCCGGACGUUACUGAGACUGACCUCAUUAACGAAUUCUCUGCUAUUGCCCCCGUCUCUUCUCUUCGCCUUUGCCGUUGCCUCCGUACUAGGAAGUCUCUGCGUUACGCUUACAUCAACUUCUUCUCUCAUUUUCAUGCACGUAAAGCUUUCGCUUGUCUAAACCACACUGACCUAAAGGGGAAACCAAUGAGGAUAAUGUGGUCUCAGAGAGAUCCUUUUCCAAGAAAGAUUGGUAUCGGUAAUCUUUUUGUCAAAAACCUGGACCCUUCUAUAAGCAGCGCUUGCUUGGAAGGAGUCUUCUGCCGUUUUGGGACUAUUCUUUCAUGUAAAAUCGCUGAAGAAAAUGGCAAGAGUAAAGGAUUUGGAUUUGUACAGUUUGAUUCAGAGGGAUCAGCUAUGGCUGCCAUGACCGCACUCCAUGAUACUAUGCUUGAAGGGAGGAAGUUAUAUGUGGCCAAAUUUGUCAGGAAGAGCGAGAGGACAACUACUUCUGAAGAAGAAAAGUUCACUAAUCUCUAUGUGAAAAAUUUGUUUGAUGACAUGACAGAGGAUCUUCUUAAAGAAAUGUUUUCUAGAUACGGAAAGGUUUGCAGUGUUGUAAUCAUGAAGGAUGGCAAUGGGAUGUCAAGAGGUUUUGGGUUUGUCAACUUCCAAUCCCCAGAUGAUGCUAAGAAGGCUCUCGAGGCUAUGAACGGUUUACAACUUGGUUCAAAGAAUUUGUUUGUGGGAAGGGCUCAGAAGAAGGCUGAAAGGACAAAGCUAUUGAAGAACAAGUACAAGGAUGUGUUCAACUGCCGUUUUGAGAAAUUGAAGGCUUCGAAUCUCUACGUGAAGAACCUUAAUGAGUCCAUUGAUGACAAAAGAUUACAAGAAGUUUUUGGUCGCUUUGGACGAAUAACCUCAGCUAGGGUGAUGCGCCUUGAAAAUGGAAGGAGUAAGGGAUUUGGCUUUGUGUGCUUUUCCUCUCCUGAAGAAGCGACGGCAGCUUUACAUGGGCUUAAUGGAACCUUUUUUGAGGGAAAGUUUUUAUACGUAGCAGUAGCUCAACGUAAAGAGGAUCGCUGCAAGGAAUUGCAGUACUACUUUAUGCAAAACACCCCAAUACAAUCCUCAUAUCAAUCUAGUUGCAAUGGUGGUACCCCUCAGUUUCACUCAUUUUACUUCAAUUUCCCCCCUUGCCCUACUGUCUCCCCUCUCCUGUGCCAGCCAUCCUUAUAUCAGCAUUUUGUUACAAACGUGGGCCAGUAUCCUUUAUCAACAACAGAUGAACAACAAAACUUCUCAUAUGAUCAAAUGAGACACGUGCACCCGAGCAUUGCUGGGAUCAGAAGAGAAUGCAUGUACAAACAGCAUUCUAUGACAUAUAACUCUAAUGUUCGGCUCCGAGAGCUGGACCAUGUCAAUUCUGGGAGUAAGAAAGUAGGUUUCAGAAAGAAGGGGAACAAAAGGUCUGAACCUGCGGAAAACUCUUCGGUAGCAUUAGCAGCUAUCGAACCUGUUACUGCAGCAACAUCCCCUGGAAACUCUGAAAACAAUGAAAAUCUAACUCACCCAUUUGUAGAGAAUCUUAAGAACACACCGCGAAGGUAUCAGGAGUGCUGUUGGAGAUGAACUCUGAUGUACUCAAGCUACUUAAUUCUCCAAAUUCCUUGGCCAUUAAAGACAAGCCAGUCCAAGUGCUAAAGGAGGCAAAUGCCAGGACUGGCACCGAUGCUGUUACUUUUACCAACCCUAAAUCUGCCCGUUGCUUGAGCUAUUAGCCGGUGUCAUUAGACAUUCCUAACAUGCCUACUCUUUGCCUAGGUAGCUUUUCAGUUUUGCCAAUCACUUGCUGCUUAUGCAUAAGACAGUGUUAUAUGUUGUCUGGAAUAUAUUUUCCCUGUAUCCAAAAUUAGAAGGGACAAAAAACAGUUUUCUUCUUUCUUAUUUCCUUCAACAUCUUUUUCUUUGUUGUUCAUUUUUUUCCCAACACUGUAGCUGUAUCACAUUUUCUUGGUCCUAAGAUACAUUUAGGAAUUGUAAAUAAUCUAAAAAGAAAUAUACGUUGAGGAAAAAGGAAGGUUUAACUACAAAUACAAGAUUCUACAAUACGAGUCACUUUUUGAUUAAGAUAAUAGAAAAAGGAGUAGUGACAAAGCUUAGUACAGUUUAAAAAUGGCAAGUAGACACAGUGUCCUGGCGAAUCAAAGGAGGGGAAUGCCCUGAACAAUCAAUGUAUCUGCAAGGACCUGAUUAGCAGCCUGCGAUGGAUGAACACUGUCCCAAAACACAUACUGGGAGGCAUUGAGACAAGUUCCCAGUGUAUGCGGAUUGCAUAAGAACUCAGUUGUCUCUACAGUCCCUGUGCCACAGCAGCCUCUCGUCGCUUCUACGAAACC